AUGAUUGUGCCCUUGCAGGUUUGUGUUGCUGGUUGUACGGCGGGCCAACGUGCCAAACAAGUCCCUCGUGGGAAAUAUGUUGCAGGAGCCUCCAUUCUGGUUGGAACUGCAAUCACAAUGUUCUUGUUAGUUUUACUGAAUGUUUUCCCUUUCACUCCACGAUACAUCAUUCCCAUUGCAGGGAUAAUGGUUGGCAGUGCAAUGAGGGUAACUGGUGUUUCAAUGAAAAGACUCCGAGAUGACAUCAAGACACAAAUGAGCCUAGUGGAGACAGCAUUGGCUCUUGGGGCUACCCCCCGUCAAGCAAUACUUCAACAGGUGAAAAGGUCUCUUGUUGUUGGACUUUCUCCUAUCUUGGACAAUGCCAAAACCGUUGGUCUCAUAUCACUUCCGGGUGCAAUGACUGGGCUUAUAUUGGGGGGAGCUUCUCCUUUGGAGGCUAUUCAGGUGCAGAUUGUCAUAAUGGCCAUGGUUCUUGGGGCUUCAACUAUUAGUAGUGUCAUGUCGGCUGACCUCUGUUGGCGUGCCUUCUUCACCAAAGCGUACCAGUUAGAAACAAAGGUGUUUAUGUCGGAUUGA